UCAAAUUCAACAUGGCGUCGGACAGCUCCAUAACCUGAAACAUUGAUUUGUAAAUGCCAUUAACCUUUCAUUUACGGCACUAUCAUCAAUAUGGUUGAACCAAACGAAGCUUACGUUAACACUCUUCUCAAUAUGGGAUUUGUUGACAGCGCACAGAUUCGCAAAGCGCUCAGUUUGGCCAAGAAUGAUUUGAAUGAUGCUGUUGCGUUGUUAACAGGGGAGGAAACUCGUACAAGUUUUUAUUUCGAAGACCCGGAAGUUAAAGACACGGAGACACAACACGGCGUAGAUGACGGAGGAAUGGAUAUUCCUCCUCUUGUAGACUCCAGAGAUAACGACGAAAGCGAAUUUUUUGACGCCAGUGGCGAGCCUCCACCAUCUUACGAUGAGGCUAUGAAUCCUGCGGGAAUGUCUCUAAACGGAGCUAGUCACGGCAAAGACGAAACGGAAAAUAUGGACAUACCUCUGGAAUUUCCUACUACAAACCUUUACGAGUUAGAGGACAGAGUUUUUAUAGAUAAUUGGUCUAUUCCUUACAAGAGAGAGGAGUCUUUGGGAAAGUGUUUACUAAGUUCUGCGAGAUUUGCUCAGGAAGGUGAGAGGAAGUGGGAUGGGCCAAAAAUGAAAUACCGUAUACUGUUAGUUUGUUUUCAUUUUGUUUUCAAAAAAUUUUUGUUUGGGUAAUCGCAAUAGCCUUCAAAUAUUCAUACGGAGUGUCUUAUUUUAUCAGACUUGCAUUCAGAAUACUCAAAAAGUUAAUUUUGAUAAAUACAUUCUGGUGUUUGUUGGAGAGAAUUUUAAACUUGAUACAUUUUGAAACAAAUUGAUCAUUCAAGGUAAAUAAAAACAUCAAGUUGAUUUGGCACAAGCCAUGCAUGUAAGUGUGGUGGCAACUGCAGAUUUUGAAAAGAUUUUAUUGAAAUGAUUCUUAUUGGAAUGAUACUUACCGCUGUAAUCACAUCAACUGUAAAUCAAGGUGAUAAUUUGCUUAUGUUUUGGUGAUGACAAGUUACUUUGGGGAUGGGUAAAAUUAUGUUGAUUGAUUGAGCUAAAAUUUGCACAUCAUUUAGAUGCCUUACUGAGACAGAGAUUCGAGUUUUGGGUGAAAAAGUAUAAGAACUUUUUUUAUUUACUAAGACUUUAAUUACCGUCUUUUUGAGGGAGCUGGACUUACAGUUUUUUAAUAGCUCUUAUAAUGACACUUUUUUUGUCAGUAAUUAUCAUUGCCUGUGAUUUUGGUAAUCCAAAUUUUAUCACUCUGUAAAAUACUGAAAUAGUGCAUGUAUCAGUACCAGGCAAUUGCAAUUAAAGGACUGAGUUGCGAAGAAGUUCAAGUCAUGUAGACACACCACAUGAAUUUGUCCAUAGACUUUAAAGUUAGAACUACAUUAUGCAGAAUUUUCAUUAAGAAAUCUAGUCACAGGAGAAAGUUGUAACAUUUACAGGAGAAUAUUCUAAGAGAGGCUCCAUGUCUGAAUAAAAAAUAGUCAUAGGGUACCUAAUGCACCUAUCAAUGUAAACCCCGUGGGGGGGAGUGCGGGCAAGGGGUGGGGAUUUGACAAAUUUUAAAAUUUUUUGAAAAAAUUCACCAGGGUGGGAAACAAAAGGUCAAUCAAAAGUGUCAAAAAGUCCCCACCCCAGGGGAAAACUCGAAACAAACAAUACUAUAAUACUAUAUAAAACGAAUGAAAGAAAAUUUCAAAAGUAUGUUCUUACUACUUUUAUUUAAGGUUUACGUAAGCUGCGUUAAAUUACUUGCUGUAAUUAAGUAUUUUCUCUCUCCACUAGCAUCUCUUAUUUUGAACUUGUAUUAGUGAGGUCCUUCUAACUGGCACGAUAAUAUAAUUACUUUGCAUUAAUGCUUUAUAACAUCGGCUCAACAUGUCGGAUCAGUGACCUGUAAAAAAUCCUCUGACUUUCAUGGUAGAAUUCAAUUUCAAUCGAGGUUUACAAUCAGAUGGGAACUUGAAGAUAAAAACUUUCUCAAAAUAGACAAUAUCUGUUUAGAUGACAGUGUACAUGUAAAGUAUCGAAUUAAAAUAAAUGAAAACUUCAUAACUUUCUCCAACAGUGUGACUUUCAGAAAGCCUUGAGGGACGGACUUGGUUACCGCUUCUGAAUUGAUACCAGGCUUCUAUCGGUCAAAGUCAAAUGUCCCAACCCCGGGGUCGCUUCGCACGAUCAAAAGCCCGACAGGGAGAUAGUCUCAGGCAUCAAAUCCCCGCCCCUUGCCCGCACUCUCCCCCCCUCCCACGGGAUUUACAUUGAUAGGUGCAUAAUGUUAGCCUGAGGAAUCUGCAUAGUAAGCAGAGAAUUCUCCGACCUCCAAUGCCCAAUGAACACCCUGAUUAUGUCAAUUACAAAAAAAUGAUUACAAAUCUUUUGCAAAUCUCUAGGAUACUAUGGAUAGAUUGAACUAACCUACAUGAACUGUAUGUUCUUCAGGUCUUGCAGAUGCAGAUGAAAACUGUAAAAGAUUUAUGGACCGAGCACUACCUGAGUGCUUUAAGAAGGUGUGUGUU